ACCAGGAAAAUAAUUAACUAUAGCAGUAAUUAGCCAUGAAACUUCAAAGUCUACUAUUGACCAGAAACCUGUUUCGUUUUUCACGAUGAUAAAACCAAGAUUCUAAUUGCGGUAUUUCCGAUUAUCACCACCACCAUUCAUCAAAGGAACACAAAGAGACAAAAACCAAAACAAAAGAUGAAUCAAAACGAGAUUAACCAAUUAGCUUCAUUAACCACUUCUCGUUUGUCUCCACUUGCGAAACCCUUCACUUUCAAUCGCUCUUCUUCUUUAUCAGCUAAACCCUUUGUAAAUAAUGGUGGUGAUGAUGAUGAUGAUGACCCUUUUAGUUCUUUGCUUGAUUCUUUUAGACAAAGUAACCUUGGUUCAAAGGGUUGCUAUGUGUCUUUGAAUGGUGCUGUGAAAGCUACUACUUUGCCGGGUGAAGGUGGUUCUAAUGGAGUUUCAGUUUUUGAAGGGAACCCUUUUAUGGAAUUGGAUAAAAAUGGUGACUUUGAUGUGGUUAAUUGGACACAGUUUGAAGGUGGUAGUUCAGCUGGUGAUGUGAGCAUGCUUCAGAAAGUUAAGCCGGCUGUCGACGGGUUGAAUCAUCAUCUAACAGUGUCCAAUGGCAUAUUUGAAAAAAGCACUGGUAUAAUUGCGGGAAAGGACGUUUUAUCGAAUUCUGAAGGAACAAAACAAUCUGCUGAUGAGUCUAGCUCCUUUCUUACGGCACAGAACAAAAUUGCUCCACUCAAGAUAUCGCGUGAUAUAUCUUCUACUAAAAGCGCUCCUCAAAUUGAGCUCUCAAAUUAUCUGGGUGAUUGUGACACUGAUGUGGAUUCUCCUUGUUGGAAGGGAAACACAAAUUUUAGUUUAACUCCAUCAGAAAUUUCACAAUCUGUAGAAUUUCAUCAUGUUGAGAAAGCAACAGAAAAACAUAACACGUUAAAUCCUCGAGCUCCACAGUUCUUUCCUGGUAUUGGAUACGUUACGGAUGAUUUUUUGUCUUCGAACUCUGGUGUGCCUGUAACUACUAAUUUGUUGUCAGAAGAGGACUUACUCAUGAAAAUUGUCACGGGAGAACUUCGGUAUUCAACCAACAUCAGCGGAAUAGAAAAGCCGUUUAGUAUGGUUAAUAAUCCAGGAAGUAGCUCUGUGGAUCCUAUGCUAAAUUCACAUUGUACAAUGACUCAGCCUUCUAAAAAAGAUUUCGCGAUUUCAAAAGGAAAACUUGUAACUACAGGUGAUGUCGAUGACUCUGUGAAAGGAGCUGAAAAUCCAUGGGCUAGUAGGUCAACAAUGAGUGAAGUUUUCUCUACAAAGGGCCAUUCAUCAAUAUCACAUCCAUCAUCAUCAUCUCAAGUCAAUGUUUAUACCGAUCUUCUAAAAUCAUUUGAAGGUCUCUCCAAGUCUUUAAUCAAAUCUCCAAAGCCGGAUGUUAAGAUAAUGGUUGGCGCAAUGCAUGUUCUUUCAGAAUUGCUUGCACAAACCUGUGUGGACGGAGUAGAUUCAUAUAGUGAACAUGAUUUUAGAAUGACUACGGUACCGCAAAUAAUCAACAAUCUGAAUGAUUUUCAUGCGAAAGUAUGUGGCGAAAGGAUUUCAAUUUCAACCCAUGAUUCAACUCCUGCAAAUAGUCCUUUUUGUGUUGAUAGUUCAUUAAAGCUUACCAAGGGACUCGAAAUGGAAAAUGUAGAGACCCUCGCUGUUCCACACCAGCUCUAUCUGCAAAAUGAUUAUGUUGGAAAAAACAUGGUUUCUAAUGUGAUUGGUCAGAGAGAACUGAGUUCUUUUGCUUCUAGCAGCGGAGGAGGCAGCAAGAAAAGCAACGAAGCGGGUCAGCUUCAGGUCAUUCGGAGAAGUCUAGGGAAAAAUCUGGAUUUUGACAAACAAAUACCCCCCGAGGCGUCGAUGUUUUGGAAUUUAUGGCUCGAUUCUGAAGCCGAGCGUUGCUACAGAAAAUUUAAAACUUAUCAUUGGCUUAUGGAAGCUGGUGUGGAUGUAAAUUGCAACAAUGUUGCGGAAUUGUGGAGGUGACACUUGACAAUGCUUAAUAGUUUGUAGAUUUGGUACGAUACAUAAUAUAAGCUGUACACAUCGGAGAUAUCAUACAUAUUCACGAUCGACUAAUUCUUGGACGGAUUUCUGCUUGUACAAACGUAAGCAAUUCACGUGAAUCCAGUGGAUCUGGACUGCAACAAAGAGGAAGACAACAUUAUGCUACGGUGUCGGUUCAUUUAUUUUCUUCUUCUGGUUUGUUUUAAAUUUGGCAGAAACAUCAAAUAUGUAAUUACCAACUAACCAAGUCUAACUAUUUAAAUGUCAAAAACUUGUUUUGUUUUGUUUUCUA